AUGACCGUAUUUGACCACAAAUCAGAUCUGACUGGGCUAUGGAUGGAGCCCAGCCAGGGGUCAGGUCCUGGCAGGGCCGUAGGGAGGGAGCGCGGGCGGAGCGGCGGGAACGGUCAGGACCCGUCAGGACCCGGCCGGGACGAUGCUGCCCGCGGGCCGCGGCGGGCGGUGAGCGGGGACCGGGGGGGAGCGGGGGCGCCGGGCUGGGCCGGGUCCGGGGCUGGGACCGGGCCGGGCCCCGCUGAGCGCGCUGGGCCUCGCAGGGCGGCGGCGGCGCUGAGGGCGGCGCUGGGCGCGGGCGCGGAGCGGCGGCGGGAGCUGGAGCGGCGGGCGGAGCGGGGCCGGGCGCUGCUGCGGCCGUGGGGCGGCGAGGAAGAGGAGCAGCCGCAGCCCGGCUCCGGCGCUGGACACGAGAACAGGCCUUCACCCAAGGAGCUGGAGGAGCUGGAACUGCUGAACAGGGCCUUAGAGAAGGCACUGAAAGUCAGGAAAAGCAUCUUGAAAAGUCCAUUAGAGGCCCCGGGAGCUACAGGAAAGAAAUUGGCAGGUGAGGGACCUGCUGCCAGGAAGGCUGAAGAGCAGCAGGUGCCUGUACCUGUUGAGGAUGUUCCUGAGAGCACAAAGGUGGGAACUGGAAGCAAAAAGCCUGGCUCUUCAAAGAAGCCCUCUGCAUACCAGCUAAGAGCCCCUUAUAGGACUGACCCAGAUGUGAAGAAACCACAAAGGAAAGCCCCAGCCAGAUGUGUUUCUCAAGGUCCCAGGACAUCUGGGAAGAGCUCCUCAAAAGGGGUGGCUUCAAAACAAAGAGGGAGUCAGAGGACAGCAACUGGCAGUGCCACAGAGGUCUGUGCUCCAGCUGAACCCCAAAAGACACUUGGCUCGUCCAAAUCUGCCCCAAAUGAGCAGCAAAGUUUUUCUGUGGGGGAUUCAGCUGGGGGAAAGAACUCAAUAGCUGCUGGCCAGGAGUUAUUUGAUGCAGGGAAGAAAAGCUGUGGUUUCCUGGGAGAGUCCAGCAAAAAGGAGGACACUGCAGGUGCAUCAGGAAGGAGCCUCUCACCUGGGACAAGCACCCUGUGGGAAAAAGGAUGCCAGCUGAAGCUCCCCCUUCCCUACAGGAUAGCCUAUUCCAGGAACUCCAGGGCAUGGGAGAAAUGUCAUCUGUGCCAAACAAGUGCAGAUGCAGCAGCUGCAAGGGCCCGUUUUAUGGAGAGGAUCCAGACAACUUUUUGUUCACCGAAGGCAGACUUCAGUCCUGCAGAGAUAGAGGAGGAAUUGAGGGUCCUCCAGGAUGUCCCCUCCCGUCUGAGGCAGUAUGUGGAAGCUGAGACUGCAGACCCUCCCUCUCUACAAGGGGAGUAUGAAAGCCUGUUGACCUUGGAGGGUUUGCAAACCACAGUUGCUCAGUGCCUGCAGAAGCUGCAGCUUCUUCGAGCAGCUCUGGAGUCCCAGCUGAGGCUGCGCCCAGACUGCACUGGGGAUGUGGGAAGCUGCUCCCCAGCCUGUGUCCCUGCCAGGGGACAGAUAUGUGACACUGCAGGAGUGCUGGCUCUGCCUCUCCUGUGUUACUCCAGCUUCCAGGAGCUGAGGGACCUGUUUGCCUUGAAGCUGCAAGUGUCAAUGCUGCACCAAGAGAUUGCCCUACAAAAGGUGCUGAUGGCAGAGCUGCUGCCUGUCCUGGAGCCCAGCCCGUGCCCGGAGGGCUCUGCCCGGCUCUUCCGUGCCAUCCACACCCAGCUCUGCCAGGGGGGCAGGAGCUUCCCUGUGCUGGUGAGGGAUGAGCUGGGGGACUGAGCAGGGGAGCCUCCUGCUAGUCCUUCACACACACACAGACAGUUCUGAGCAAUAAAUCUUUUCCAUGAACUUC